AUGUCUACCUUGAUGCCGUCCGUGCGUUGGAACGCAGUCGAUGAAGAGUCAGGCAACCGACGCGGCCCUUCGCAAGUACAGUCAGAAUUGCCGAUCUCAAAGAGCGGCAAUCUAAAGAGGCACAAUAGCUCACGGUCUAUUGAUCCUGCUGCCGCUAUUCCCAUUGAAUAUCGAAGCGUUUCCUUCGAGAUCGAGGAUGACGGACAAAGGCAGUGGAGAUCUAAGCGCAAGGAUCAUCGAGAGAAACUGGCAGAAGGUGAAGACAGCAGUUCCUGGGCAGAAAGCCAAGACCAUGAAAGUGCCAUAAGAGCCGUGGAGGAAGUGCAGAAGCAAUUAGAGGCAGACACAGUAUCAGGUCUGUCUACAAAUAAAGCGGCGGAGCGUCAGAAACUUUACGGACUCAACAAAAUUUCGCCACUCCCAAAUCCUUGGCUUUGGAAGAUAUUCGGCUACUUCUUCAAGGGCUUUGGUUCCAUUCUUCUCAUCGGUGGUGUGCUCGUUUUCAUAUCAUGGCGACCACUUGGACAACCGCCUGCGGUCGCCAAUCUUGCGCUCGGAAUUGUUCUCAUCGCGGUUUUCAUGAUUCAAGCCGCUUUCAACGCCUGGCAAGACUGGUCCUCCUCGCGAGUGAUGGCAUCAAUCACGGCCAUGCUCCCAGAAUCGUGCACCGUUCUUCGCGGAGGUUCUCGGUGCGAACUGAGUGCCACGGACUUGGUGCUGGGUGACACAGUCUUUUUGAAACCCGGAACGAAAAUUCCGGCAGAUCUGAGAUUCGUUGAGGUCUCACACGAUUUGACCAUCGAUCGAUCUAUUGUCACGGGCGAGUCUAACCCGGUCAAGGGAACUGUGGACUCCACAUCAGAAAACUACCUCGAAACGCGGUGUAUAGGUCUACAAGGAACUCACUGCACUUCCGGCACGGCGACGGCAAUUGUAGUGGCCACUGGAGACUCUACAGUGUUUGGGCGGAUCGCCAAGCUGGCUGGUGACCCUAAAACGAGCCUCACAACCAUCGAAAAAGAGGUAUUGCGAUUUGCACUUCUAAUUUUCAUCAUAAUGGUUACUUGGAUUGUGGUUCUUGCAGCGGUCUGGGGUGGCUGGCUCCAAAAAGCUCAUCCAGACUACAUCAAUGUCCCUACACUGAUUGUUGACUGCGUUAGUGUAGCAAUCGCCUAUAUACCAGAAGGUCUCCCGAUUGCUGUCACUUCCAGCUUGACAAUUACCGCCAACUUGCUGAAGAAGAACAAAGUUCUCUGCAAAUCUCUGAAGACAGUGGAAACUCUCGGUGCAGUCUCAGUUAUUUGCACUGACAAGACUGGCACAUUGACACGGAACAAGAUGGCGGUCACAAACUACGCCGUUCACCCAGUUGACGUGGACCUGAGCACAUCUAGAGCGGAAACCACUUCUCGGGUGAGCAAAUCCGGUCUCCAGCAGCUCCAUGCUUUAUCGGGACUCUGUUCUGCCGCGGAAUUCGACAUUCGCACCCGCAGCCUUCCCUUGAGCGAACAAACCAUCUACGGCGACGCGACAGACCAAGCUAUCCUCAGAUUCUCGGAGACGCUCGGUUCGGUAUCCGAAAUGAGAGAAAGCUGGAAUUCAGUUUUCACACUGGGAUUUGAUAGCAGGAACAAGUUUAUGAUUAAAACUUUUUCGCCCGCUAAAUCAGAAAGCCCAAAUUUGUCUCUCUCGACAAUGGAAGCAUCAGCUUUCCGAUCCAAAGAUCUGCUCUUCACAAUCAAGGGUGCACCGGAUAUUCUAAUCAAGCGAUGUUCGCAUGUUCUACGUUCUGAUGGGGAGAUUCAACAGAUGGGUGAACAUAUAUCGCGCAUGGUUGAGCAGAAAAUUGAGGAGUGGUCUUCUGAUGGGAAGCGCGUCAUUCUCCUCGCUCGCAAAAUCCUGGCCCAUGAUCACACCUACGCAAAUCCGUCGGCACAAAAUUAUGAAGCGCAUAUGCUUCAAGAAGCUAAGGAAGGGCUUACCCUUGUUGGCUUAGUUGGUCUGAUUGACUCCCCUCGCGCUGAAAUCCACGAAGUUAUCAGCAUCCUUCGGGGUGCUCAAAUUCGUGUAACCGGAGAUUUCGGCAAGACAGCUCUGGCGAUUGCGCGUCAGUGUGGUAUUGUGACAAGUGAGCUGGUAGACGAUGCGUCUGCGCUUACUCGGAGCCCAGUCUCAAAUGAGAAAGGCUCUAAUCUUCCGCGAUCCGCCAUUCUCCUCACAGGAAGCGACUUGAUGGCGCUCAAUGUUUCUCAAUGGGAGCAGCUUUGCAUGUACCGAGAGGUUGUAUUUUCUCGUACCACUCCGCAUCAAAAACUAAGAAUUGUUCGUGAGCUCCAAUCAAGAAAUGAGACCGUUGCCAUGACCGGAGACGGUGUGAAUGAUGCGCCGGCUCUCAAGGCUGCCGAUAUUGGCAUCAGUCUAGCGAGCGGUUCAGACAUUGCUAUCGAGGCCGCAGACAUGAUUCUUCUGGACUCCUUCUCUGCCAUAGUUGAGGCUGUUCGAUAUGGCAGAGUGGUCUUUGACAAUUUGAAAAAGACUGUGACUUAUCUUCUUCCCGCCGGCUCAUGGUCGGAAUUCUGGCCAGUCUUCACCAACUUGAUUUUCGGAAUUCCGCAAAUUCUUUCGUCAUUUCUUAUGAUUAUCAUCUGCUGCUUCACGGAUUGUGCUGCUGCCAUCGCCUUGGCCUACGAGGCGCCUGAGGCGGACGUCCUACAUCGCCCUCCGCGUGAUCCUACGAAGACUCGACUCGUUGAUUGGAAACUUAUGUUCCAUUCCUAUGCAGUGGUUGGAAUGAUUGAGACUAUUUGCUCAUUUACCAUGGCUUUUUGGUAUCUCGAAAGAAAUGGUAUUCCUUUCUCCGAACUCUGGUUUAAAUUUGGCCAGCUCCCACCCGGUUUGGAUGAGGAAUUCUACAAUGCCCGCAUCAAUGAGGCAAGCUCGGUAUAUUUCAUUAAUCUUGUCAUCAUGCAAUGGUUUAAUUUGAUGGCGGUUCGCACUCGCCGUCUGUCAAUCUUCCAACACCCACCGGCAUUCAACAAGCAAACACAAAAUCUCUACCUGUUCCCCGCCAUUGUCUUCUCUUUGGGUAUUGCGGUGAUCUGGUUGUACAUUCCGAGUUUACAGGUGGUUCUGAGUACCUCUCCUAUUCCCGUGGAGUAUUACUUCCUUCCUGCCGCGCUGGGCCUCGGACUUUUGUGUCUUGACGAAGUGCGUAAGGCAGCAGUUCGCCGUUGGCCUGAAGGAGCCAUUGCUAAAAUGGCGUGGUAA